ACCAGAGUGUGCUAGUAGUAGUUAUUGGAUAAUUGUUUUCAUAGUGUUAAAAGUUUUAGCGAAAAAAAAAAGAUUUUAUAAUAUAAGAUGAGUGGACAGAGCGGACCAAAAGUCAAAGCUUUCAACAUCACUCCAAUUGGAAAGAAAUCGUCAAAACGUGAGCAGCAAAAGUUGAGAAAACAUGAGGAAGAAAAAGCUGCCGCAGAAGUAUAUGAAGAAUUUGUAGCAUCUUUUGAAGAACCGGCUAAACAUGGGAAAUUGUUUGUACGUGGCAGUGUUAUUAAUGCAGGAUCAGGAGAAGAAAAGUUGACAGCUCAAAGUGGAAAAAUUUACAAGCCACAAAGAAUGAUUGAAAUAACAAAAAAGGAAGAAAAACCAGAAAUUCAAAGAGAUAGAUAUGAGAAACCAGAAAAACCAAAUAAAAAGAAAGAAAAAGAAAAGAAAAAAAGUAAUUUAGAAUUGUUUAAAGAAGAAUUAAAAAUCAUUCAAGAAGAAAGAGAAGAACGCCACAAAUUAAAAUCUGCCUUAAAAGAACAGAUUAAAUGUGGAAAAUUAGAUCCAAUAGAUGCCCAAAUAAGAUUAGAUUCGCCAGACUAUUCGUCGUCCUCACUUUCACAAAAAAACAGAGCCGACGAUUAUAGAUAUCCUAGUUAUGGCUCCUAUGAUACUGGAGAUCCUAAUACAACUAAUUUAUAUUUAGGCAACUUAAAUCCAAAGGUGAGUUUAGUAAUUAGUAGAGAAAUUAUGGGUUUUGAAAUGAAGUUAGGAUGGGGAAAAGCAGUUCCUAUACCUCCUCAUCCUAUUUACAUUCCUCCAGCAAUGGUUGAACUUACUCUUCCACCACCGCCAUCAGGUUUGCCAUUUAAUGCUCAGCCGGACAAAAAAGACAGACAAAAAUUACCACCUCCAGGUGUGCCAUAUCCAACAACUAAAGAAGAAAGUGCAGAAUUCCAGCAGAUAUUAGCGAAUGCUGUUGUCAAAGUGGUUAUCCCAACCGAAAGGAGUUUACUGUGUCUCAUUCAUCGCAUGAUUGAAUUUGUUGUCCGAGAAGGUCCAAUGUUUGAAGCAAUGAUUAUGAAUAGAGAAAUUAACAAUCCCAUGUUUAGGUUUCUGUUUGAUAAUCAAAGUCCUGCACAUGUUUAUUAUCGAUGGAGGCUGUUCUCUAUUUUACAAGGGGAUCACCCUAGUAAAUGGCGUACGGAAGAAUUCCGAAUGUUUAAAAACGGAUCUAUUUGGAAACCACCUCCGUUAAAUCCAUAUCUACAAGGAAUGCCAGAAGAAUUAGUGGAAAAAUCACCUAAAGAAGAACCCAAAAAGGGAAUGUUAAAUGACAGUCAGAGAGAUAAGCUAGAAGGUUUGUUACGAAAUCUAACUCCUGAAAGACAAAAUAUUGCAGAAGCCAUGAUUUAUUGCAUUGAUCACGCAGAAGCUGCGGAAGAAAUAGUCGAUUGUAUUACGGAAUCUCUGUCGAUUCUUCAAACUCCGUUACACAAGAAGAGAGACCUCAAGGGUGAUCAUUACACCUUGGACAAUGAGGUGAAGGCAGCUGUCAAGUCCUGGAUUGGAGAAAAAUUUCAAGCCAAAUUACCAGAGGUUUUUACGUACAUUCAAGAAUGUUUUAAGAGUAUUGAAGGACGAUUAAAGGCAGAACAAUUUAAGCAAAAAGUUAUGAAUUGUUUUCGAGCUUGGGAAGACUGGGCGAUUUAUCCUAGCGACUUCCUUAUUAAACUUCAGAAUAUAUUUCUGGGCCUCCUACCGUCGAAAGUAGAUGAAGACUCGACGGAUGUCGAUGGAGUGACGAUGCCAGAAGUGGUACCUGAACAGUGUCAGGAAGAUAUAGAUGGUGUACCUUUAACUGCGGAUGAAACCGACAUUGACGGAAUUCCUUUAGAAGAGAAAGAAGAUUUGGAUGGAAUGCCAUUUUCAGAAGAUAUUGAUGGCCAACCGAUGGAAGAAUCAUCUGGAAGAUCUCCCAGUCCUAAAUUAAAAUUCAUACCGUCAAAAUGGGAAACAGUUGAUCCAGAAACAGUGGAAGCUCAAGCCAUUACAACAUCAAAAUGGGAUCUGUUAGAUCAGCAAGCAGAUCAGGAACAAGAGGUCGAUGAUGAUGAUAUAGAUGGAAAACCUAUGGAAGAAGAUAUUGAAGAAGUAACAGAGGAAACUGAAUUACCUGAUGAAAAAGAAAACAGCAGAGACUCCACCAUCCUUUUAGAAUCACUCAAAAAUGAAGUUAGUGAAGAAAGGAGAGCAAAAUUAAGAGAAAUUGAGUUAAAAGUGCUGAAAUUUCAAGACGAGUUAGAAUCUGGGAAAAGAAACAGAAAAUCGGGAAUGACCGUGUCUGAACAAAUAGAACAUUAUCGACAGAAACUUAUUAGAAAGGAAAGAGAAAAGUUAGAAGAAGAGCAAGAGAGAGAAAGAGAAAUCCAGUCUUUAAUGGUUCAGUCAAGGUCGCCAUCUAGAUCCCAGUCAGUGUCAUCUGAAGAAAGUCCAGUGCACUCGACGUCAUUCAGAGACAGGGAACGGGGGAGGGAACGCGAAAAGGAUCGAAAAUCUAGUCCCCGUAACUCGACUGGUUCCCCUGCCGAAAUCCACUCCAGGUCACGUUCUCCCAGGAGAAAAUCUCACCGAUCACGUUCGCCCAAAAAGUCUCAGAGGUCAAAGAGCCGCAGUCCCAAAAGGUCCAGGCGGAAUAGUUCUCAUUCCCCCCACAAGAGACGUACUUCCGGAUCGCCGUCACGUAAAUCUCAUAAAUCGAAGAAGAGCAGACACUGAUGGGCAACGGUAUACAUUUCUAUAAAAAAAUUUUAGAUUUUUCGGCACAGCUUGGAAAUAUCAAAAUAUUCUGUACAUGACACUAUUAUUGUAUAAAGUACAUCAAACAUAAAACUUGUCAUUCGAUGAUUUCGUCAUUCAAUAAAUCUCAUAAGAAUUGUGUCGUCUUUGGAUCAUAAUGUAUUUCUAGUUUUGUAUGACUAUUUUGAACAAAAUAACAUCAUUAUACAAUAUGAUUUUCUUUAUCAAUAAAAUGUUUGUAGGGUGAAAACUCCAAAUUUCAUUUCGAAUCUUUGCAAAAACGAUAUCAAACUAUAAUUAUUCUACAAAUUACGUAUUCCAUCAUUUAUGAAUAUCUCAUCCAAAUUGUUUUAAAUUUGUUAAUAGUUCUUAACUUCAUCCUGUAUCAGUAGUAAAAUUGUAUAUAUGGUGUCACUCUCCUACUAGAAACAUGCCAUUUUGUAUUAUUCUGAAGGAACUUACAUGUUAAUUAUUCUAUUACUUAUUAAUAACGUAAUAUAGCUAUACUUCAUUAAAUAAUUCCUUAAAAAUCAAAUAGGAAUUCUGUUUUUCUCUAGAGAAUUAAGAUCAAUAAUCAUAUCAUUAAAUACAUCAUAAAAAAUAUCAUCUAUACACAAUGAUCACUGAAUUAUGAUCACUUAACUAAUACUUUGUAGGUCAUGUUUUGACCUGAGUACAGCAUCUAUCCAAUGUGACAUUGAUUCAACAAGAUGUUGCAAACAUUUGGGAGGUAUGGUCAACUAAGCGGGGUGUAAUGUAACCUGCAAUUCAAGAAUGGAGAUGAUUGAUAUAUCCAGAUGUCUGAUAUGUCUCUCCACAUUGUCCCACAAGGGAUCUGUGGGAUUGAUAUUGGGAGUUGAAAGGACAGUCAAUAUUCUGAAAGUCAGUCAGACUCUGCUCCUCAAACCAUUCCUGUAGAAAGGUGUCGAAUGGCUCAAUGCAUUGUCAUCUUGGAAGAAAAGACUUUCUUAAAUGGUGAUGUAACAUAUGGAAUUUACAGUCAGCAAGCAAUUGAUGAUAGCAAAGGUCAGUCUUACAGUGUUCCAUAAACACAGGUCCAACAGAGGUAUUAGAAGGAACUUUUGAGAGUUCCAGUUAAAGAUGUCUCUCAUCAGUGCAGUCUAAUUCUAAUAUGGGGUGCUGUCAUAAGAUGAUGCAUGGCUUGCAAUAAAUUGAUAAACAUUACAUGAAAUAAAAAUUCUGAUUAGUGCUGGUUUUGAUUAAUUUUUAGUUAAAAUUAAUGUUUGUAUCAAAACAUUACAGUAUAUCAAAAAGAAAAAAAUGCUAUUAGCAUUGUGCACUGUGCAUCCUCUUUCAAAAGCAAAUACUAAAUACCAUAAGCUCUACCACUGGCCUACACUGUUGACAUCAUGUAUGGUAAUGCUCUUUGUGUUUAUAUUGACAUCCUGAAUCCCAUUGUAUUGAUACUAAGCCAAACAAUCACUGUAAACUAGCAAGUGCACUACAUGGUAUGCAAAGAAGUUCUUUUCUUCCAGAAUGUUCUAAAUUAUUUAAUAAAUUAUAAAACUUUGCACCUGACAUCUAUCUCUAGUACCAAAUUAUUUAUUAUCCUAUAAUUAAUAAUUAGAACUAUUAUAAUUAUAAUUAAUAAUUAUAAUAGCACAAUUAAUUACAGUGAUCAUUUGUCUGAGCUUUAUGUUGUUGAACUAAAUAUAUACAGUACGUGACCAUCCGUAAAAUGGAGUAAAAAUAUGAUUCACCUGCUGGCACAUCUACCAGACUGCCAAAUGUCCAAUUUUCAUGCUCUUUGCACUAGAUGAGUCUUUUACACAAAAAAUUGAAAUAAAUCUUGGUUAGGAAAGAAUGUGGUUCUCUGCUAGUAUAGCUCAUACAUGCAAGUGUGUAAUGUAUGGUCAUGCAAAAUUUUUUCCAGAUAACUCAUAUAUUGGGCAGUCAGCAGUUGAACAGAUGCAGUACUGUUCACUUGUAGUUGUUGUUGGAACCCAGUGCUCAUGUCUAAAAUCAACCUUUUGCCAUCAGAUUAUUUUUUGAUCAUUUCAAAUCCAGUCCUACUGCAGUGACUCUCAAACAACUCAACAGUUCAGCCAUUUGAAAAACCAAGAUACCAUCUCUUCAAGCACCC